AUGGUUUUGUGGGAAACAGGGCCCUUCACAGGCCAUGGCUACUUCCAGGGGGUGGUUUCAGUCUGUCUGCUAUCCCUGGCCUCAGCUCUCAAUCUCAGGGGCAGUGGGAAAAUUAAGACAAGAGGCGCCGGCGAGCAGUUCUCUAGCAAGGUCGGGGGGGGGGGGGGGCGGCCGGCCUGACUGGGAGCGGCAGGGCUGCCAGAGCCCGACGCUCUGUCCCGUCCGCGGUGCGGCUGGCAGCCCGCUUCCCUGCUGCAGGUGUAUGUGCUCCUACCGGGCCGGGCCGACGCCUUCCACCGGGCCCUCUUCCCGUUCUGCUGCCGCGAGCCACCGUGCUGCUCAGGUCUUUCUGUUUUCAGGAACCAGUUACCCAGGAAUAACGAGUUUUAUUCAUAUGACCCUCCUUCUGAGAACCCUCCUGCAGAAGCAGGAUAAUCUUUGCAUCUUCAGCUUCAGUCUGGAGCUCAUCUCUCCAGAGUCUGUGGCUGUUUAGGUCCUAAAACGUGGCACCAGGCACAUUACUGCAGUAAAGAGCAUCAGAUGCUAGACUGGAGAUUGGGACAUAAGCAGGCUUGUACACAGCUAGAUAAUUUGGACCAUACAUUUCCAGACCACAGCUUGCUUUUUCGAUUUGAAACUGUAAUAGAAACAGAAGAUGAGAUUCCACCUAAAGUUGGUAAAGAAGAUGACUCUGAGAUUAUUGGAAGUAUGGUUAAGAAGUCAGUGUUAAUCUUACAUUGUUGUGACCAACUACUUGAAAGAUAAAGGAUGAAAGAUCUGUAUCAGAGGUCAUGGUUUUAGAUGUUUUUGGUUGUUGGUUUGCUUGCUCCGUUACUGCAAGCUUGUCAUAGAGCAGAAUAUCAUGUAGCACAAGUUUGUGGCACACAGAUUUGUUUACCAAAUGUUGUCCAGGAAGCAAGAGCCACAGAGGGAAUAGGUAUGCCAUUGAAACAGGUGCCUUCAGUGACCUACUUCAUCGAAACAGACCUCACCUUCUAAAGCCUAUCAGCUGUGAACUCAUCAGUGGGUGGACCCAUUCAUUCAGUUAGCACUCUUACCACCCAAACCCCUCAAUAGUGCCACCAGAUAGAGGAAACUAAAAAUGUCAGCUUGCUGGUUUGUGGUCCAUAUAACUCAAUAUAUGAAAGACAAGUUUGAAAAUCUUUCUUGGUUAGGGGACACAACAGAAAGCAACCAUACACCACUGUUUAGUACAAGGGAGGAGCCUGCAUAAAGUUUGUCUUUCAGGGCAGUUAAAUACCCUGUGAUAACCAAUAAAUAGUACAGUUCUUGGGGGAACUAUCUAGAGGAGCUUACACAUGAAAAACAGCUUGUGUGUGUACUAUUGCUCAUGUUUACAGAAAUGGUGAAUGAAAAUGCUUAGCGGACACCAUUAUAGAAUGGGAAGGCAAAGUUGGGACUUAGCAUCGUAUUUUAGGUAUGUGUGACUAGAGCCAUGUUAUCAUCUAUAAAAUUGUAACAUUUGUAAAAGACAGCCAUACGUAAGAAAAAUAUAAAUAUUGAAUAAUUCAAUAAACCAAUAGUCACAUAACAACUUUAAGACAUAGUGAUUUUGGUAGUGUGUCUCCAGAAGAAAA